GCAGAUGUCGUGCGCAUCGACUCAAUCCAUGCAGAAAACAUACUGCACGACUGGAGAGACAUCGCGUGUGGUUUCGAGUCCGAUUUCUGCGCUUGGUCCACCAGUGCGAGCACGUGGCUGCGACAUUCAGGGGCUACUCCUAGCUCAGACACCGGACCGGACGAAGCUGGCAAAGGCGAGUGGUACAUUUACACGGAAGCCAUCCGUGUGCAGGAGUUUAUCCUCACCAGUGGCGUGUUCGACCCAUCACCUACAAGCCGGCUCCUCCAUUUCUUCUACCACAUGUUUGGGGAGGACACAGGCAGCUUGCGAAUGGAGACGUUGAGAAGCAGCGGCUGGACACAAGCUUGGUCACGAAUCGGAGAGCAAGGGAUGCAAUGGGGCGCAGCAUUGGUGACGCUGCCGCAGGAUGCGAGGGCUGUGCGCUUCGUAGGCACCACGGGCAACAGCUGGCAGAGCGACAUGGCCGUAGAUGGCAUAGCAGAAGGGCUGCCCACAGUUCUGUUCCGCCAGUUGUCCUGCGACUUCCGUUUUGACACCUGCCUUUGGCGAAGCAAUGGCAGCUCUUCAUGGCAGCUUGUGGGUGAUGCGAAUGGCCAGUGGCUGGAGGCUUCUCGAAGCGGUUCCCAAGCACCGGAAUGGAUUUUCGAAACGGCGGCUCUGCUGAACACCACUGGAGAGAAGGCAUUGGUUUUCGACUAUCAGCUGUCCGGCUCAAGUACCGUGGCAUUGGAGGUACAACACCAGACCUCCGCUAACGGCUGGCAGCGUUUGCAGUUCGAGUCGGGUGGGCGCAGCGCUGUUUGGCACACCGCCAUCGUCGCCGUCCCUCCUUCUACUCUUGGCCUCCGCUUUGCGGCCAACAUCACCGGUGAGGCAGAUGUCGUGCGCAUCGACUCUCUCCAUGCAGAAAACAUACUGCACGACUGGAGAGACAUCGCGUGUGGUUUCGAGUCCGAUUUCUGCGCUUGGUCCACCAGUGCGAGCACGUGGCUGCGACAUUCAGGGGCUACUCUUAGCCCAGACACCGGACCGGACGAGGCUGGGGAAGGCGAGUGGUACAUUUACACGGAAGCUAGUGACAAUGAGAACCAGGCAGGACCACUCCGUGUGCAGGAGUUUAUCCUCACCAGUGGCGUGUUCGACCCAUCACCUACAAGCCGGCUCCUCCAUUUCUUCUACCACAUGUUUGGGGAGGACACAGGCAGCUUGCGAAUGGAGACGUUGAGAAGCAGCGGCUGGACCCAAGCUUGGACACGAAUCGGAGAGCAAGGGAUGCAAUGGGGCGCAGCAUUGGUGAUGUUGCCGCAGGAUGCGAGGGCUGUGCGCUUUGUAGCCACCACAGGCAACAGCUGGCAGGGCGACAUGGCCGUAGAUAGCAUAGCAGAAGGGCUGCCCACAGUUCAGUUCCGCCAGUUGUCCUGCGACUUCCGUUUUGACACCUGCCUUUGGCGAAGCAAUGGCAGCUCUUCAUGGCAGCUUGUGGGUGAUGCGAAUGGCCAGUGGCUGGAGGCUUCUCGAAGCGGUUCCCAAGCACCGGAAUGGAUCUUCGAAACGGCGGCUCUGCUGAACACCACUGAGGAGAGAGUCUUGGUUUUCAACUAUCAGCUGUCCGGCUCGAAUACCGUUACGUUGGAGGUGCAGCACCAAACCUCUGCUUUCGGCUGGCAGCGCUUGCUGUUGCAGUCAGGUGGCCGCAGCGCUGUUUGGAACGGCGCCGUUGUCAUCAUCCCUUCUUCUACUCUUGGCCUCCGCUUCGUGGCCAACAUCACCGGUGAGGCAGAUGUCGUGCGUAUCGACUCAAUCAAUGCGUCGAACGUUCUGCGCGACUGGAGCGACAUCGCCUGUGGUUUCGAGUCCGAUUUCUGCGCUUGGUCCACCAGUGCGAGCACGUGGCUGCGACAUUCAGGGGCUACUCCUAGCUCAGACACCGGACCGGACGAGGCUGGGGAAGGCGAGUGGUACAUUUACACGGAAGCUAGUGACAAUGAGAACCAGGCAGGACCACUCCGUGUGCAGGAGUUUAUCCUCACCAGUGGCGUGUUCGACCCAUCGCCUACAAGCCGGCUCCUCCAUUUCUUCUACCACAUGUUUGGGGAUGACACAGGCAGCUUGCGAAUGGAGACGUUGAGAAGCAGCGGCUGGACCCAAGCUUGGUCACGAAUCGGAGAGCAAGGGAUGCAAUGGGGCGCAGCAUUGGUGAUGUUGCCGCAGGAUGCGAGGGCUGUGCGCUUUGUAGCCACCACGGGCAACAGCUGGCAGGGCGACAUGGCCGUAGAUGGCAUAGCAGAAGGGCUGCCCACAGUUCAGUUCCGCCAGUUGUCCUGCGACUUCCGUUUUGACACCUGCCUUUGGCGAAGCAAUGGCAGCUCUUCAUGGCAGCUUGUGGGUGAUGCGAACGGCCAGUGGCUGGAGGCUUCUGGGAACAGUUUGCAAUCUUGGGAACGGGUCUUGGAGACUGCGGCCAUGCUCAACGCCACUGAGGAGAAGAUCUUGGUGUUCGACUAUCAGCUGUCCGGCUCGGAUGCCGUGGCAUUGGAGGUGCAACACCGAACUUCCGCUGAUGGCUGGCAGCGCUUGCAGUUCGAGUCGGGUGGCCGAAGCGAUGCUUGGCAUACUGGUGCAGUUACAGUGCCUGUUGGCAGUGUCGGCUUCCGCUUCGUGGCCAAUGUCACCGGUGAUCUUGACCGGGUGAAGCUGGAUUCCUUGUCGGCGGUCGACGCAACUCUGGCGGAUGCGAGGUGCAGCUUCGAGCAGGACACCUGCAAGUGGGCAGGGGACUGGCAGCGCGUCAGCGGCCCCUCCCAAAGUCCUUUAGCCUCCAUGCCUGAUGCAGCAUUCCACGCCGAGAGCUACGUCUACGUCACCCCCCUCGAGAACGAGGCAGGGGGAAAAUUCUGCCAACUCUCCGAUUCGCCAGAAUUUUCCCGAUCUGCCAUGGGCUCCUGCAGGCCCGGCAACGUCUCCUACCUGGAGUUCGCUUUCUACAUGUUUGGGACUGGCGUCGGCAAGCUGGAGUUAUGGUACCUGAAAGGUGUCCGGUGGAGCUUGCGCUGGUCCCGGCAAUCAAACCAAGGAGCCGAGUGGCUUCAAGCCAAGGUGAGGCUCCCAAGUGGCGUGGAAGGGCUCCGUUUCUUGAAGUUUGGUGGCUGGGGAACUUCGUCCAAAGUAGCUUUGGACGGAAUCCUGGCCUGGGAGGGGCCCGAAGCAAACCCGGCAGAGUUCCUGAGCCUUUCUUCUGGUGGCUACCACAACUGUGCAGUUCUCAAGGCCCAGGGCGUCCUGAAGUGCUGGGGAGCUGGAUUUCACGGCCGCUUGGGUUACGGCAGCGGUGCAGAUGUGGGCGGCGCUUCGGGUGAGAUGGGGGAGAACCUACCGGCCGUGGAACUCGGAGAGGCGGGCGUUCGAGUGACGAAAGUGGCCUGCGGUCAAUGGCACACCUGCGCAGUUCUCGAAACGGGCGUCCUGAAAUGCUUCGGGAGUGGCAGUGAUGGCAAGCUUGGCUACGGACACACCCGCGAUGUUGGCGACGAGCCCUUGGAGAUGGGCCAGCACCUGCCAGCGGUGGACCUGGGCACCGGUGCGGAGGUGGUGCAGGUGGCUGCUGGUAUCGACCACACCUGCGCUCUGCUUCGAGGCGGGCGCGUGAAGUGCUUUGGCCAGGGACGUCUGCUGGGCUUGGGAGACGAGCCCGGGCCCCAGAGGGAGAACCGUGGCGACGAGCCCGGCGAGAUGGGCUCGAACCUCACCGCGGUUGACCUGGGCACCGACUUCGAAGCAGUGCAGCUGGCCUUGGGAUAUGCCCACAGCUGUGCUCUCUCAAGCCAAGGUGCCGUCAAAUGUUGGGGACAGGGCAACCGCCUGGGACUAGGACUGGGCGAUGGUGGAGUGUACAUCGGAACCAGCCCCAACGAGAUGGGCGAUGCCUUACCUGUAGUGGACUUGGGCCCCCUUCCUGCUGUGCAAAUCGCAGCCGGGUAUCUUCACACCUGCGCCGCCGCUUGCCCGCAUCCAGUGCAUUGGACUCGUUCUAUCGUGUUGUGCACGUGCCUGUGCCAGGUCCUGUCCGACGGCACGGUAAAGUGCUGGGGUGAUAAUGGCUGGGGUCAACUGGGGCACGGCAACCUUGAAGAUGCGGGCGACCAGCCCGGUGAGAUGGGCACCAGUCUUCCUAUUACAGAUAUGGGCGAUGGGGUGACGGUUGUCCGCAUCGCGGCUUCGAGUGGCAGUUAUCACACCUGUGCUGUCCUUCAAGAUGCAAACCUGAAGUGCUGGGGCUGGGGAGGGCUUGGCCAGGGCAACCUGGAGAGCUUGGGAGACGAGCCCUACGAGAUGGGCUCCAAUCUCCGCGCUGUCGGCCUCGGCAACCGCGAGGUGCGGGAUGUGGGCACCGGUGUCGGCCACACCUGCGUGCUCUUGAGCGACGACACCACGAGGUGUUGGGGCGAGGGCCGAGUCGGGCAGCUGGGCAUUGGCAGCAGACUGAGCGUCGGUCAGGUGCCUGGCGAGCUUGGUGUGGCUUUGGUGCCUGCGGAGCUCUUCCGCCUGAGCCUCGGUGCUGGCCUUCAGGAUCUCAGCUUGCUAGCCGUCGCCGAAGACCAGGGCUUUGCCAGAGGGAUCCUCCAACUGCAGCACGAUUCUUCCGUCGGCCUCGUCUGCGAUGAUGGCUUCGAUGAUCGGGUGGCGCAAGUGGCCUGCCGUGAUCUCGGCUUGGCCGGUGGCAGGGCCCUGGCAGCCUUAGCAAUGUGGGGUGCUGCGGGGGCCGGCACCAUCCUUGCUGACAACAUCAGGUGUACAGGCGCAGAAAUGAGCCUUCGCGAAUGCUUCUUCCGCGGGUGGCACGUCCACGACUGCGCUCCUGAAGAAGCCGCAGGUCUCGAGUGCCAGUCGGAUGCCUGGAGCGACUUCACGCCCGCCGGAAGCCCCGCCGGGCGCCAGGACGCCUCUGUGGUUUGGGACAGCGAGACUCAGUCUGCAUGGAUGUUCGGGGGCCACGCCAGCAAUGCCUUCCUCUACUUUGCGGACCUGUGGCGCUACGACUGGCCUCGACGAGCUUGGACGGAGAUCCUGCCGUUGAGUGGGGGUGCCGCCCCCGGCGCCAGAUGGGGCCACGCGGCCGUGUGGGACGAGCAGUCCAGGUCUAUGCUGGUGUUUGGCGGCCGGUUCCAAGUCACCUUCUACGACGACGUCUGGCAAUUUCUCAGCGAGGACGGCGCUUGGAGGCAAUUGCCAGCCUUGGCGAAGUCAUCGGCACGCGCCUACCACACGGCGAUCCUGGACCCCGUGGAGAGGGCCGUGCUCGUCUUCGGAGGUGAGAGCGGUAGCCAGGUGUUGGAGGACCUCCAGCGCUACAGUUUGGCGGACGGCCAGUGGAGUGAGUCUUUGGCACAGGGGCCGGGAGCCCGCAGCCGACACACGGCCGUCUGGGUGCCCACAACCCGGUUCAUGCUCGUUCUUGGAGGGUGGAGCGGGCAGCAGUAUCUGGAUGACCUGCGCAGCUACGAUGCUUCGGCAGGCACCUGGACGGACUUGUCAGCUUCAGGAUAUUGGCCCGCGGCUCGCGCUGGACAUGGUGCCGUGUGGGACCCCAUUUCAAUGAGCAUGCUAGUCAUGGGCGGCAUCACCAAUCUCAGCAACGACCUGAGCUACGAUGCCUCCAUCUACAACUACAGCCUCUUGACGAACUCUUGGAAGGAGGAGGGUUUGCAAAGUCAGGUCGUGGGCCCAAGUGGCCGUACGGGUCAUGGCGUUGUUUGGGACUUCGCUUCUCGCGGCUUGCUGUCCUUCGGUGGUUUCAAUGCCUCCUACUUGCAGCAAACCUGGCGAUACGUGGUCAGUCAGACCAACCCGCCCUUUCUGGUCCACUGCCAGCAGGGCCGCAACUGUUCCUUCCGCCGGAAUGCCUCCGGCUCUGUGGCCGCGAAACGCACCUGCUCCGACCCGGAUUUCUUGGCAGGACUCCCUAUGCUGCUCUCUGGUGAAGCAGAGGAGGAUCUCUGGAUGUUCGGAGGAAAUGCAUCUCAUUUCUUCACGGAACCGGGUCAUCACCGCCUCUGCUGGUGUGAUGUCGUCAACUGCAGCCACCCCGACAACUUCAGUGUGACAUUGGGCUACUUUGUUGUAGAGGGGCCGCAACUGCACCAGUCCGCUCGCUGCUACCUUGGCACAGACUGCACGAUCGCCGGGUGGCGAGGAGUCGGCAUCUCCGCGAACGACAGCCUCGUGAUGCAGAGCCGAUGUAACGGAGAGCCGCAGGCCUCUUCUUCCACCUACCCCCGGCGUUCGGUCACCGUCUCCUUCAACGAGUCCUACGGUUGGCACACCUUGCACGUGGGCUUCCUGGACCCUUCGGAGGGCCUGAAGCCGGAAGCUCUGGAGCUUUGCUGGUGCCCUGCCACGGCGGCCCCGUGCGCUUCGGCGGAGGACUUUCUCGUGGUCGCCCUGAGCCUGGAGGUCCUCUGCCCGCCCGGCGAGUACAGCGAAGGGCCCGGCUCCUCCUGCCUGCCCUGCCCACCGAACUUCUUCUGCCCCGGAGGAUCCGAAGUCCAAAGCUGCCCGUCGGCGAGCACUUCGAUGCAGGGCUCACGUCCGCCUCUCAGCACUGCGAGCCAACUCCCCGACUGCCUUUGCCUUCGAGGGCGCUACUGGGAUGCAGAGAGCACCAUCUGCCUGGCGUGCCCCGCCGGGUCUUCGACGUUGCAGGAGGGCGCCACCGGCCUUGCGUCCUGCACCUGCAUGCCCGGCUUCUUCAAUACGCAGAAUGACAACCCGGCAGUUUGUGAAGCCUGCGGCGUGGGCUUCUUCUGCACAGGGGGCCUGCAGACCCCGCAGCCGUGCGCCGCGUCCCAGACCACCGAGAGCGACACUUCAGCCGACGAGUCCCAAUGCGUUUGCAGAGCUGGCGAAUUCUUGCAGGACGGGCUUUGCGCCCCAUGUCCGGUUGGAUUUUUCAAAAGCAGCGUUGGAGACUCCCCGUGCGCGGAGUGUGGUGGUGGCACCUUCAGCAACAAUACUGGCAGCACAGAGCACAUCCCUUGCAGCCGGUGUUCCGCCAACAAGACCUCGAUAGAGGGUGCCACAUCUCCCCUUGAUUGUCGAUGCCGCUCAGGUCUGGCAGAAGAGGGCCAAGCCUGCCGAGUUUGCAGAGCAGGCUUCUUUUGCCCAGGCCAGGGUGAAGAGCGGCGAUGUCCGGAGAAUGCUACCUCACGCGCUGGCUCCCUCCAACAAGCAGACUGCUUGUGCAACCCGGGGUACUAUGCCCUUGAAGCUCGGGCCAUCUGUGAGCCUUGCCAACCUGGACGCUACAAGCCCACGCUGGCUAACGAUGCAACGUGCCCUUUACAGUGCCCUACAAAUGCCCAGAGUGCCAAUGCGUCCACCGAUCUGCGAGACUGUUUCUGCGUGGCAGGAUUCUAUGCAGUUCUGGAUGAAGCAGGAUUCCUAGCCAGUUGCGCGAGUUGUGCACUACUCCCAAAUCUCCAAUGUUUGGGUGGUUUUCACACUCAAGCGGGCAUUCACCGGCUGCCUGUUGCUCAGCCAGGCUACUUUCAGACAGGAGUAGCUAUUGCUGUGAAGUGCAGCGCCGUCACGGCCAGUGGGUUCAGUACUUGUCUCGGCGGGAAGCCAUGCGCACAAGGUGAGGCACUAGAAUGCUUUGGCAAAUAUGCCAACGCUUGCGACGAAGGCUCCACCGGAGUGUUCUGUGGAGACUGCCCAGCUGGUUGGGCCAGGAGUGCCUAUCAACAGCCAUGCCGACCUUGUGCGUCCGAUGCUACUUUCCCACUGGUAGCCUCAGUCAUCAUCGAUGUUGGGACGAAGGCCGCGAGUGCCGAAUAUUUUUCAGAUUUUCCCCAACAGCACGACGAGCUCUGA